AUGCCUUCUGAAAUUACAUACAAAGAUAUUUUGCUGUAUAAAACAGAGACCUGUAGGAACUGGGAUGAACGAGGCAUGUGCAGAUAUGGUAAACGAUGCCGCUAUGCUCAUGGUCCAGAAGAGUUGAGACCUAUUUCUCGAUCAAAUCAGUACAAAACAAAAACAUGCAAAGCUUACCAUGAAGGUGGUUCUUGUCCGUAUGGAAUUCGUUGCACUUUUAUUCAUCACACUAUUUCUGAUAAAACAUCCAUCCAAAAAGGACCCUCAAAUUCAAGAGUAUUACCAGUUGCUACAAACCAGAAUAACGUGUGGAACUCGAUGCUCGGUUUAUCAAACACACAAGACUUUCAAAAUAACCGCAACCGUUUCACGCUAAACAACAUAAUGUUCCAGUAAUUAUGCAUACCAAACCCUUAUUAUCUUGGCAGCGCAAUGAAAUGCUUUGUUAUAUAUAUAUGUAUAUAUAUAUAUAAAUGUGCUGUAUUAUUAUUAUGAAUCUAUAUUUUAUUGUACC